AGUGCAAAGUCUGGCGUAACCCCCUCAACCUGUUCCGUGGCUCGGAGUACCAGCGCUUCAACUGGGCCACGGGGAAAGAGCCGCUCACCUACUACGACAUGAACCUCUCGGCACAGGACCACCAGACCUACUUCACCUGCGACGCCGACACGGGAAAGCCAGAGUAUGAAAUAAUGCAGACGGCGUGGAGAGAGAGGAACCCACAGUCCAGGAUUAAAGCCGCUCACACCGCCCUCGAGAAAAACCCAGAGUGUGCGACGGCGAUGGUCCUGCUGGCAGAGGAAGAGACCACCACGAUACUGGAAUGUGAGAAGAUGUUCAAGCAGGCGUACAAGGCAGCAGAGACAAGCUACAGGAAGUCACAGACCACGCAGCAUCAGAACUCCACUCAGGAAGCCUUACACAGGCGAGAUAUGAACGUGUUGGUCUACAUCAAGCGACGGCUGGCCAUGUGUGCUCGCAAGUUGGGCCGCACAAGGGAGGCCGUCAAGAUGAUGAGAGAUCUGCUGAAAGAGUCGCCCAUCAUGAACUUUAACAUUCACGAAAACUUGAUAGAAGCGCUGCUGGAGCUACAGGCUUACGCCGAUGUUCAGGCGGUGCUGGCCAGGUUUGAUGAUAUCAGCCUGCCCAAGUCAGCGACCAUUUGUUACACAGCAGCAUUGCUCAAAGCUAUCUACUAGAAAUGAAAAGCCUGAUCCUGCCACCAGAGCAUAUCUUGAAGCGGGGCGACAGUGAAGCCAUCGCGUACUCAUUUUUCCACCUGCACCAUUGGAAGCGGGUGGAGGGAGCCCUCAACUUGUUACACUGUACCUGGGAAGGCACCUUCCGAAUGAUCCCCUACCCUUUGGAAAAAGGCCAUUUGUUCCAUCCAUAUCCCACAUGCACAGAGAAUGCUGACAGAGAGCUCUUGCCUUCGUUCCACGAGGUGUCUGUGUACCCCAAGAAGGAGCUCCCGUUCUUCAUCCUGUUCACGGCCGGCCUGUGUUCCUUCACGGCGCUGCUGGCUCUCCUCACACACCAGUACCCUGAGCCCAUGGGCGUCGUCGUCAGAACGAUGCUGGGCUGGCUGUACCUUCCCCUGAGUUACGUUCUGGAAAAGCUCGAGGCCAUCCUCCCCUCCAAUUUACUGCAUCAGCUGUCUCGCAUUUAAUGGGCCGUUCUGCUUCCCCCCCUCCCCCACGCCCCCCCACAUCCCCCCCCACACGGUCAGCUACAGACUUAUGAGAGGCCGCUCCAGACCAACCGAGGACCGCCGCUGCUACAGGAAGCCCUCUCUCCGUCGUUCCGUCAUGUCAUCCCCGUCUUCAUCACAGACUUGAAAACCACACUGUUUGGUUUUUCCUCUCAUCAUUUCCUUCCUCUCUCCCUCUCUCACACACUCUCUCCGUCUCUCGCUCUCUAUCUCGCUCUCUCUCCCUCUACCCAGCAGCUGUUUCUUCAUUCAUUAAGAGCAGGGGUCACCAAACUGUUUUCAAAGUGGGCUGGAGAACUAUUCUGUUCAAUACCUUUAUAGUGAAUACAUUAAAAAAUCCAUUAGCUAGAAGUUAUGAAGUGUAUCAAAGGUUCAAUACCUAUACUGAAUACAUUAAAAAAUCCAUUAGCUAGAAGUUAUGAAGUGUAUCAAAGGUUCAAUACCUAUACUGAAUACAUUUAAAAAUCCAUUAGCUAGAAGUUCUGAAAUCUCUCAAAGCACAUUCAAUUUGCACUGUAGAGCUCCAUGAAAUUAAUGAUUCAGUUGUUUUGGUGACGGAGCCCUGAGCUCACUACAACAAACACAUCUUACAAGUUUGGUGGUGGUUUCCACGCCUGAUUCCCUGUUGGGACUUCUCUUGACAUCCACCCCUUGGCGCUCAUGAUAUGACCUUAUGCAGUUAUGAGCGGCGUAAAAACAUUACUAAAACAAACAAAGACAAAUUGUCCUGGCGAUCCAGCCUUCCCCCAGUUUGGCGACCCCUGAUCUGUCGAUUCUUGUCAUGUGAGGUGUUUGGAUCUUGUUAAACCUGCUGUUGCGUCAGCUAGUCUUCGAAGCUUACAAUUUUUGUUGUCACUGUCUUCAGUUCACCUGUAAAGCAAAACGAAGGGAAAUGAGAAAAAAAGGGAUUUUGAAAACUUCCUCGAGCUGAGAAGAAAUAUUGUAGGGGCUACCGCUCAGCUUGAAAGUGAGACCCCUCUCCCUCUCCCUCUCCCUCUCCCUCUGUCUCUCCGAAGUGGGAGGAAAAGUCUUAAAGAUUAAUAGAAAACUUAUUCAGGAAGCAGGAAGAAAAGGAUGUAUGUCUGGAAAGAAAUUGAAUUGAAAAUGCUCAUCUUGAAUUGUAUUUAUUUGCUUAGUUGUUUUUUUCUUGUGUGCUGACUUUUGUAAUUUAUGAUUGUUUUGUAAAAAAAAAAAGUUACACAUGAAAGUCAGGCCAUCUUGCACAGAGACAGGUGUGCAAAAUGUUCUUUGUCAAAUGUUGAAUGCAUUUAGUGCUUGGACCAGCCAAUCUGCAAAGCCAUUAAAUAAAGAUAAGAAGUUGUUAUUGUAU